AUGGAGGAUUACGCGCCGAGUCGAUAUAAAAUGCUGGAUAAAAUUGGCGAAGGAGUCCACGGUUGUGUGUUCAAGGCCAUCGAUUUGCAGCGCAAUGUCGAGGUGGCCAUCAAAAAGGUGGCCUUAAAGAACAAAUUUGGCAACAUUUCAUUGAAUACGCUGCGUGAGAUUAAGACUUUGCAACUCUGCAACUCGGAAUAUAUCUUAAACAUCAUAGAAAUAUAUCCCGAUCUUACGGGUCUCUCGCUGGUGCUGGAAUACAUGCCGGACACUUUGUAUGGCCGUCUCAAGAACGAAUUGAAUCCGCUGAGUCGACAGCAGGUGCGCAAGUAUUCGCUGAUGAUGUUUAAGGGAAUGGCUUAUCUGCAUGAGGCUGGCAUUAUGCACAGAGAUAUUAAGCCUGCCAAUUUGCUUAUAAGUGAAAAGGAUAUCCUCAAAAUUGCUGACUUUGGCUUAGCCCGUCUGCAUUUUCCUGAAGAGGAGGCACGUUUGUACUCUCCACAGGUUUCCACGCGUUGGUAUCGUGCACCCGAAAUCCUUUGGGGCAGUCAGAAAUACGGACCUGCCGUCGAUCUGUGGGCAUGUGGGAAUGUCGUGGCGGAAAUGCUCCGAGGUGUGCCGCUCUUUGCAGGGACCACGGAUAUCGAGCAAUUGGCCAUUAUAAUACGCACGCUGGGAAGUCCUCGUUUAAAUGAAUGGCCAGAGCUAACAUCCUUGCCGGACUAUAGUAAAAUAAGAUUCCCGAAUUCGGUUGGUAUACAUUGGGAUAAUUUGUUUCCCAGUUGCACGCAUGCUGUUGAAAUCGAUCUAGUCUCAAAUCUAGUCGUCUAUAAUCCCAAGAAUAGACUUAAGGCCACUGAGGCCGUCGGUCAUAGUUAUUUCAAUUAA